AUGGAUUCACAAGGUCUUCAAAGCCUAUCCGCUGACAUCACCAAUAGCCAUGAAAUUGCUGUUGAUUCUCAAACCCAAACACAGAUUUUCAUGCGGUGCAUGCUGCUUCUACUGCUGGAAGAAUUAGAAAAUACAAUUCAUCUCUUUUGUACCCCUAGCUUGAAGGUUAUCUCGGGGCAUACCUUGAUAAUGUUCUCAUUUCCAGGCACCACAAGUGCUCCACGCCAAAUUAUCGAGUCCCGAUUUGAACGAAGCUUAAAUCUGUGUGCAAAAUGUGUUUGUUCAUUCUAUGAGUGCCUUAACGAUAUACGAUCGCGGUUUAUUUUGGUCCGCAACAUUUCCGUGGGCCAGGUUUUGCAAUUCCUCGAUAUUGUUAACGAAUGGAUAUUUACAAUCAUUGAGAAGAGAUUCCAAUUACUUGAAGCCAAUGAGCUUAACAAAUCACAAACUGAUCUCUUGGAUUACAUGUGCCUUUCAAAUGCACCACUUCUUCGCAUGAAACCCGAGCUUCGGGAAAAGGUCUCUAAUCGGCUAAGCAAAAUGAGCUUAAAAGACGACGAAUUUAUGAACAGUAUCCUUUCAUCUCACAUAUUAUACUUAGUAGAAGGGAAUGAAACCGAGUCAUAUUUCGCUAACUCUUUUUUGACCUCUCUCCCCGAUGGUAUGCUGAAACUUGAUUCCUAUGUGUGCGAAGAAUUCUUUUACCAUUUUUUCCGCCUACAAGAUAGUCAAUUUUUCUCUCAGGAGCUAAGUCUUCGCUUUUGGAGAAUGCUUUCUGUUCUCCUUAAGAUUUGUCCUCCUACCGAGAUCAAAAAAUUAAUUAAACCAGCAGAAUUGGAGGCUAUGAGCAAUCAUACAAAGCUCAGGCUCUAUCCCGUCAUUAAGACACUUUUCAACAACAUUAUGGCUAAUCUUGAUUUGCCUCUCCCGUCAUUGCUUCGCGUAUUACGCCAGUUUCUUGAUAUGUAUGGAUCAGAAUUCUGGAAAAACGCAGAAGAGUGUCAUUUCUCCUUCAUUAUUGAGACUGUUCCUUCGAAUCCUCACUUUGCUAAUCAACUCAGAACUUCAACUGAACUUGGAUCCCAGCAAAUGCUAGACGAUCUAUUAGGCUGGACUCAACCCUUUGUCAACAGUUUGGUUGGCCCACAAAAACAAGUCGCAGCCAUUAAACUCUCCAAUUUCUUCAUUUCCUUGAACUUAUCGGAUUCUAUGCCCAUCACUAAUGUUGUAAUUGAGCUUCUUUCAAGUUGCGUUGAUCAGAAUGCUUUGACAGAAUCGGUAUCUCUUUUGAAGAUGCGUGAUAUACGCUCCGCUGUUGAAAGAAAUCCUACCUAUUUUGUAAAAGCCGCAAGAAAUGGAGGGUUUCCUAAGGCUGGGAUGCUCAUACAAUUCUGUUUGAGGUACGAUAUCUCUGUUGGAGGACAUAACUCUGCAUUAAUUGGCAAAAAAGAAAUUCCAAGUCUUUCUGAGCUGAACGUCAAGUUAUGGAACGAACUCAAGUUAGUUACAAUGGCCAAUUCAGAAUUUUCUUUGAUGGCCUUGGAAUCGUUUUGUGACGUGUCCAGAAUAAUAUCUUUCAAAGAGAAAAAAAAUCUGAAGGUGGGCCAAGAAUUAGAGGCAGCACAAAAAAUUCAUGAUCGUGACUCCAAGAUUCUCAACAAUAACAUCAUCGCGAUUUUAGAAAAACUUGCUAUGCUCGAUCCAGAAAAAUUGAAACAAUUUUUAUUAUCGGACAACGUUCUCCAUAGUCUUUGGAGUUGCAUGUUCAAUCCAGAGGUUAGCUCUGCAGCAUUAUCUAUUGUAUCUCAAAUUAAAGAUACUGAGGGCCGAUAUGAGGCUAUUUUUUUCCUCUUUGACUUUUCUCUAGUCUCUAAUUUGAAGUCAUUCAUAGCAUGCCUAGAUACAAUCACUACAAUGAAAUUCUUCGAGCCAUGCCCGAAGACUCUCAGAAUUCUCAUGGAUGUUGUGCGGUCGCUUCUUGAUCCUUUGUCGGGUAUUUUGAACACUCAGUCAACUAGCCACACUGAAGCAAAACCAGAAAUAAGAAGAUUGUGGAAUAGUUGCUGGUCAUUUCUUGUGAUGAUCUAUAAGGAGACCUUAAUUUGGGCGAAUCUCUACCAUCUAGAUGAUUUGAUAGAGUUCACGAGAGAUACACUUGAUACAAGUCAUCUCUUGUUGGAUUCGUUCCGUGCGUUGAUAGACUUUUUUGGCGAUGAUUCACUUGUGAAGCCACUUUUUGAGCCUUUUAUGACUACUUUCACUCAUGUUAUUGUUUGGUUGAGACUAGGUGACUUGUCUCUUUUAAAAUCUUGCGUUGAAUUGGUCUUCAAAGGAUUCGACUUGGCUAAAGAAUUGAAUGUGAAUGUGGACAAAGAUUUCAUCAUUACAUUCGCUAAGUACGGAGCAAAAGCUAAGAAAUUUAACAACAAAUUGAGCCAGCAGCAGCGAGAUGAAGUUUUAGCCAAGGCUAGUGAAUUUGAUUCGAAUUUAGUUGCUUAUGUUGUCGAGGAAGCUAAGAAAGAUACAAAUCCAAGCCGCUCCACGACUCCGUCUUUGAUUCUGAAGACGGUUCCUGCUGAAUCUGCAAAAUUUAAUUUCCAAAAGCCUAAAGAACUCAAGCAAAUCAACCUCUCCAGGUUUGGUAUUGUGACAUCCAAGCCCCCAGUUGCUCCCCCUCCACCUCAGCCUUUCAAGCCAACUAAUUUAGAAGCAAUUCGAAACGAGUUAAAGUCUAACAGAUCCACUCUCAAAUCGGCAUCCAUAAACCCAGCUCCGGCACGCCCGGCUGGUUUCAAUAACAAAGCUCCAGUGGUCGGAAGGUCUUUAAAUACUCUUAAAACAAAAAAGGUUGAAAGUGACUCCUCCGGGGACGAGGAUGAUGUUGACACGUCAGAUCUAUUUUUUGAUAGCAAAAAGAAAACUAAAAUCAUUGAGUUGGAUAUGAACGGGCGACCAGUUUCGAAAGUCGCAGCUCCAAAAAAGAUUAAUAACGAGCAAAAAGAAGAAGAAAGAAUGCGUUUGCGUUUAAACAUCAAUUUGAAGCCUCUUUACUCAACCAUCUUGAAAUGGAACUACAACUCAAACAGUGAAUACCCUACCGAGAAUAGGGAAUGCUACAAAAUGAAGGCAGACUCAUAUACCAGUGCUAAAAACUAUACAGAAGAGAUUGAGCCUCUAUUGAUGCUUGAAUGUUGGCAAGGAAUCCAAUCAUCUAGAACAACUGGCCAGGAGCUGGGGUUUGAGCUCUUGGUCGGUAGUAGAACGACAUGUGAUGGUUUCUUUGAUGUUUACCUUUCGGUGAAGCGAGUUGUUUUACAGCAACUCAAAAUUGGUGAAUCGGAUUUAUUAGUCUUGGGAUAUGUGGCUGACAAAGGCUUGACAGACCCUCAAGAAAUAGCAAGAUAUCUUAAGGCUUCCGACAGUCAAACCUGUCUCGGCAAAGUGAGAGAAGUAAAAUUUGCUAAUCCAGACUAUUGUGACGUAACAGUACGAGUCUUUCCCCAGGGCCUGAUGAUGGGAAUUCUUACCCCAAAAUCCAUAGUUGUUGGUAUGAAAGUCAUGCAAAUGGUUACUAUUGAGAGAGAAUAUCUGUCUUUAAAGGGGCUUCAAUAUUAUGAUCUAUGUGAUGAUAUUUUAACGGCGCUGCCCGCUCAACCGAUCAAGAUUUCCAAAACGCUCGCAGAAUCCAUGUGCAAAAAGUUAGGUGUAAACGAGUCGCAAGCAGCUGCAAUUAUUGGCUCAAGUCAGAGUGAAGGAUUUUCUCUCAUUCAGGGGCCGCCAGGCACAGGUAAAACCAAGACGAUUCUUGGAAUUGUGGGUCAUUUCAUAUCGAAAAGUGAAAGGAGUAGUACAGUAGCGAUUAGUACUCCAGGUACUUCGGGCAAUCAGGUCGAUCAAAAACCAGUGUCAAAAGUAUUGAUCUGUGCUCCCAGUAAUGCUGCAGUCGAUGAACUAGUUUUGCGUUUAAAAGAUGGUGUUCUCAAAGAAAAUGGGGAACAGUAUGUCCCCAAAAUCAUCCGUCUUGGUAGGUCCGAUGCUAUGAACGCAUCAGUCCGAGAUUUGAGUUUGGAAGAACUUGUCGACAGACAUCUUCGUGAGAGAAAUGAUCAAGUCUCCGUAAAUCCACAAAUUCGCUUAGAUCAUAAUAAGUGUCUUGCUGAGAGAGAUCGUAUUCGUGAAGCACUCAAAGGUGAUUUAAAAGAUGAUGAAGUUCUCAAAUUGGAAAAAGAACUCCGAGAAGUGAACAAAAAAAGAAGUGAACUUGGAAAACGACUUGACGAGCAGAGGGAGAAUGUCUCUGUCGCGGUCAGGUCUAGAGAAAUUGAAAAGAGAAGAGUGCAGGCAAAACUUAUUAGCGAAGCGCAGGUGAUAUGCUCUACUUUGUCUGGUUCAGCUCACGAUUUUUUGGCCAGCAUGUAUAUCAAGUUCGAUCAAGUCAUUGUUGAUGAAGCAUGUCAGUGUGUGGAAUUAUCAGCCAUAAUUCCGUUAAGGUAUGGAUGCAAAAAAUGUGUCAUGGUCGGUGAUCCCAAUCAAUUGCCUCCAACUGUUUUGUCCCAGAAAGCAGCGUCUCUAAAAUACGAAGAGAGUCUAUUCGUUCGUAUGCAACGUAAGCACCCAGAGUCUGUUUAUCUACUUGAUGUUCAAUAUCGUAUGCAUCCUCAAAUAUCCAAAUUCCCAAGUCUAGAAUUUUACAAUUCUAGAUUAACUGACGGCGAGGGUAUGCUCGAGAAAAACACUCGACCAUGGCAUUCAAAUACGCUUCUCUCACCUUACAGAUUCUUUGACAUUGUCAGUAAACAUCUGCAAAACGAAAAGUCUAAAUCUUUCCUCAAUCAUACUGAAGCAAGAGUGGCUCUAGAGUUGGUAGAGAAACUAAUGGAGGCCUUACCAGGACAGGUUUUCAGUGGUAAAGUGGGAAUCAUCUCGCCUUAUAAAGAGCAAAUUCGGCACUUGCGUGAUGUAUUUCAAAAAAAGUAUGGAGCAACCAUAUUGCGCGAAAUUGAUUUCAACACCGUUGAUGGAUUCCAAGGACAAGAAAAAGAAAUCAUCAUUAUGUCAUGUGUGAGAGCAAGUGAGUCUGGAAGCGUGGGUUUCUUGAGUGAUAUUAGACGUAUGAAUGUCGCAUUGACUCGUGCGAGAACAACUUUGUGGGUGUUAGGAAACAAAACAUCUUUAACAAGGGACAAGGUAUGGAAGAAGCUCAUCCAAAACGCUGAAAACAGAAACUGUGUCUCGAGCGCUCGUCCUGGAUUUACGCUGAAAAUUCGCUUAGGCCAUGAUCAAAUCCAAAGACCAAUCAAAAAUCAGAAGAUAGCUGAUAUUUCCGAUACUUCAGAUGGCGUAGUGAAAGACACGUCCUCAGCUCCGAGUCUGACGAACUCUCGCGAAUGCUCUCCAAGGGAGAGCCUCAAUGAUAUCAACUACGCAAAAGGGGAAAACUUAAAUAAAAGCGUAUCCCUGAAGGGGACUAAUCCAGGUAAUACCAACGAUGAGAACGGUGCCGGUCAUGGUGCUUCAAAACUUGGAAAGCAAUUUAGCAGUUUGCAGAGACCUAUUCCAAAAUCAGCAAAGACAACACCACAGUCUGAAUUGACACAGAAACCUAAUCGCUUGUUCAAUAAAAGAGCGUCAGAUUCCCAAACCUCAAAUCGCGCCAAGAAAAAAGCCUUUGUGUACUCGCUGACAUCCGAAGUCAGGGAUGGAGAUAACUUGUCAAAACAGGACACUUCUGAUCGGAAAUCUUCCGAAAUUGAUUCUUCUUCCGCCAACUGUUCCACGGCACCAGCACUAAGAAGGCACUGCCCCGAUCAGCUGGCUAUAAAUCCCCUGCGAACUGGAGUGUACCUGAAGCCAGCCAAAAAUGGGUCUAGUAUAUUUAUUAAGAAAAGAAGACCGCCCACAUCCAAAUAG